AUGAUAUCGGUAGAGGAAAGACAGACAGGCUCAGCCACCAAUCCAGAACGACUCCCCGAUGAAGUACGGAAAUCUAGACGUAACUCGACCUUCAAAUUUGCCGCUGAAAAGGCCUCGAGGGGCGGCUAUGGCGCCAUCAUCGUCUUCAGUAUCCCCCUCGAUAUCGGCUAUGGGAAUCUCCUGGACUUAUUCGUCAAUGCCAGUAUAGCUGACGCAAACCUGAACACCACCUCCACAGGACAUCACUACAAGCCCCUAUCACAGGACUUGAGUGACGCGAACGUUGUCAAUGAGGAUGCUGCUAUGGAAGCCUUUAAGAAAAGAAAUGGUGUUUCUGCCCGGUGGUUCUUAAACAGCAAAUGCAUGGGAAAUUUGUUGGAGGAUACAUCUUUCCAAAUUGCAAGCGUGAGGCAGUCAAUGACAAUGGAGGACAACGCAGGGGUCUCAGGUUCUAGUUCCGAUUGA